AUGACAGAAACUAAAAAACCAGAAGCACAAAGUACAGGAAAAGCAAAGGCAGGAAACAAGGGACCAAAUAACGGCGUUGCUAAGGCUACACAGGCAUCAAGUGGCAUCAACAACGGUGUAACUGGCAAAGAAGGGUUAAUCGGCAAUAACGGUUUAAAGGGCAAUGACGGCGUAAACGACAAAAAGGGAUCUGAGGAGAUAUCUAUUAAAACGCAGAUUCAAGCGUGCCCCUUCAACAUCAGUCCCUUUUCAGUUCUCCUCGUCUAUUCUAUCAUAAUUUUCCUCACUUCCAGCUUGUACUACAACUGGCCCGUCUUCGAGAGGAUCCUCGUCGACGACAUGGUCUUCUCGGAGCUGUGCACGCAGAGGGAGGUUUCGGCAGCGGUGCCUGGGGUUGUGGUUUGCGACGAGCAGAGGGACGCCAUUGGGCAGCUGGCGCUCUACAUCUUCUACUCGGAGUUCCUCACCUACUCCGUGGCGGGCCCACUCACCGACUACCUCGGACUUUACCCGGUGAUGAUCUCAGGGUACAUGUUCGGCUUCAUGGCCUUUUUGUCCAUCUUCUUCUUCCACUCGAGUAGGGCCUGGCUGAAGAUGUCCUUCGCCUUUUGGGGCGUCUUCGGCGGCGCCAUUUUCAUCACGUCGGUGCACCUGGGCAGGCUCUUCCCCGAGGCGACCAGCCUUGCGGACGGCAUGGUCAUCUUCUUCGACAACAUGUGCGCCAUUCUGCCCGUGCUCAUGCACAGGGCCAUGCGGCGGUUCCGGCUGCGGUUUUACGAGGUCCUCGGCUCGUACCUGCUCUGGGGGAUCGUGCCCUCGUUCAUGCUCACGCUCCUCUUCGUCCCCCUCAAGAUCCACUCGCGCACUGACAAGGGGUUUUCGGAGCUCGGGGCCAAGCUGAGCAACUCUCGACUCUGGCUCAACCUCAUCGUCUUCUCGAUCCCCGUGAACUGCUCCGUGUACUACAGGAAGAUGUUCUCGUCGUACUUCCACUACAACCAGAGGCUGCUGGACCUGUUCCCUCUGAUUUUGCUGUUUGUCUUCGUGCCCACGCCCAUAAUUUCCUUUUUCAACCAGUUUGCCGGCAUUCACAUCACUUCCUCCGUGAUUUACGUCUUCCACAUCAUCUCCUUCUUCUGCUUCACCAGCACUUCGGAGAUUUACGGCAUUGUUUCCAUCGUCCUGUUCGCCAUCGUGUCCUCCUCGAGCGAGCAGCAGACGAUAAGUUACAUCAGCGAGCACCACACGGACAACGAGUGCACGCUAAUGGGCAUCUCUUACGGCGUCGGCUUCGUCGUCGGCACUGGCCUUCAGUACGUGCUAGACCGCAUUUACAAGCGGUCCCCCAAGCAGGCUCUCUACGUCAUCGCAGCGCUCAUCUCCGUCUCGAUCGUGUACUCGGUCUACUGCCACUUAAAUCCCACUGAGGAUGAGGACGCCGGCGACGACUCCAGCUUCAAGAUCCUGAGCAUAUUUCUCUGGUUCAUUCCCUUCGUUGUUCUCUGCGUCUUCAUCACCAUCAGCGCGGGGUUCCGCGAGAGGAAGUGGACCAUGGACGAAUUCAGGCUGAGGCUCAAGGGGCUAAAGGACUACUCGGAGCAGAAGAACAUCACCAUCGCCGUCGUGCUAGGCUCCUUUUCACUCUACUACGUCAGCAACGCGUUUCUGGUCCUCAUUUCAAUUUUCAAGUUUUCUGAGUCUCUUGGCUUCAAAUCCGAGCGGACGGCUUGCAUCAUUUUCUAUGUCUUGUUCUUCAUCCUGCCUCACCUUGUGUGGGCCUUCUACGUUAAGAGGAGCCCUGAUUACGUGAACAUCACCGUGUUUGUGGUUUUUUUGGCUAUUUUCAAGGUCUGCCUGCUCUAUCUCACCUACUUUGUGCGCCGCCCGACCUUUAUGUACGCGUUUGCUGUUCUUCUCUUUUUCUACGGCCUCACUUUCUUCAUUUUUAUCAACAUGCUGGCUUACUACAACUUUAAAAUCACUUACGUCGAGCGAUCUCAUUUCUUAUCUCUUGUUCAUUGGGGGUUCGUGCCUACUCUCUACUUCGUGCUACGGUUUUUCCACAAUUCAGUUCUGCGCUACAAAAUCGCAUAUUUAAUCGUCUGGAGCUUAGUCUUUUUCUUCUGUUUGGUUUUUUCGAUCGUUUUAUAUCUUUACUUUCCUUAUGAAAUUGACAAUUUUUUGGACUUUAGGUUGGCGAAACUGCCAUCUCCUGCUUUUCUUUUUUUUGACCCGGCUGUUUUCUUUCAAAAGCCUUUGGAUAGUCAGUUCUACACUAGGAUAAUCAACAGUUCUCUUUCCAUUUACGGCUUUGCGGUUCUUCUAAACUCUAAUCCUAAUAGAUACAUUCUCUCUUCCCUUUGUGUCAUAAGCAUUUACAACUUCUUUACAACCGUCUUUGAUUUGCAGGCGUGCUGUUGUAACCCUUCUGAUGCAUCGUGCUCAAGCUGCGGGUGCUGCUGCACAAAAUCUGCGAACUUCGGAUGCGCAGUUUGCGAGAAAACCGUUAUUCAUAGCAAGGAUGCCAAGUGCUGCAACGAAACCGGAAAGUGCUCCGGCUGCGUGUGCAAGUGCCUGAAGCGACUUGAUCUUUCCGACUACACUAUCGCAUUCUACAAGGGUAACUUCAAGCAGGUUGAUGAAAAUUACUUUUCGUUUUUUAUCGGCACGAUCACUGGAUGGAUUCUGUUCCUGAUCUACUUGCUAAUCUCAAAGAUAAACAUUACGUUUUAUCAAUGCUAA